AUGCCUUCGCUAUCAACUCAGCCAUCAUCCUCAUCCAUCUCCAUCCCACCCCGUCCAUCCCGGCCACCCCAAUUACCAUCCGAAACACACUCAUUCAUCGCCCCCGAGUUCGCUCACCUCCAAGAACCCAGCCCACCCCCUCGUGUGCGGGAACCGGCCUUCAACUCGCCUUGCUCGAAGGCUCAUCUUAAGGGCAAGUGGCAUAUGCCUAUACAAGAGCAACGGGAACAGGAGGUAUAUGAAACUUGGAUGGAGAGGAGUAGUGGUCCAAUCAGCCAUACGAAUGGAGCUGUGAAUGGUAAAGCUUCUUCCUCAAUUCCCAAUGUGGGACAGGAUCCCUCUAAGAGGUGCUCUCGUGGUCCUUCCUUCAUUCAAUAUGACAUGAACGACAAUUUGAACGGCGACCUAGAACAUCAUCACUCUAACCAGUUCGCUACCGGUCCUUCAAAAAUUAAAAACACCUCCCCCCUAACACCAAAUGACUCUGCAAAUAACCGACAUCCUUUCCAUACUACAAGCGGUGCUUCAAGUAGCAGGAGUCAUGUCUAUGACGCGUUCGACCUCGACCACGCUGAAGGAUAUCCGAAUCUCGUCACGAGUUGGUCUCAGUACGAAGAAUCCAGCGGGGUCAAAAAGCAGUAUUCGCACCAUUCAGACCCUACACCUGAGAGUGUGGGCGGAAAUACGCAGAAUCCGCACCGCAAAGUACCUAGAAAAAGUACAGAGAGCCCAUCAACGAAGUCGCCAGUGAAGCCAUCUGUGCCGAGCCCGCAGAAGAAGAAAUCGUCACUGGUUCAAUCUAAGAUGAACGCGAUAUACAUCUCUCAAAGGAAAGAAACUAGAUUCGAGGGUCCUUCAAAUAAAGAAACCAUAAUCUCUAGAUUCUCUACAUCCGAGGAUGAAGCCGACGAAGCCGAAGAUCCAUUCCCCUUCCCAUCUGCCAAACGGCAAAGAAAUGGAACAAAUACACCGUAUCCGCAUGCUCCGAUUCCAGAACGAACAAGCGUCGUGAACAGAGCAAAGGAUCCGGAGGAGAGAUAUCCCAAAUUUGGCGCCUUCAACGGCAACAUUGAUACCGAAUACAUCUCUAACUGUACUUCACACAACUCGAACGGCGCCAGCGGAGUCAAUGGUACAACAUCUCGUAUACCCAAACUAGACACAAAUACGACGAUUAGCCACGAAUACAAACGCCAGGGCAGGAUCUUUCAUCCGAUUCUACCCCCGUCGUCAGCAUUCGACCCCUCUCCGCCACCUACUCCCAAACAUUCUGAGAUUGUCAUGUCGUCGAAUGAGAAACCUAUCAAUAGCAGUAGCGUGGCUACUUUAGGUCCGAGUCCUUGUAGGGGUGACCCGACGACAUUCAAUUCUUUCUCUCCUAUUAAGAAUCCGAAUGAGCGGACGCUGGCGAAUACUAUCCGAGAGGCAGUGAACGAACAAAUCGAGAGAGCUAGUCGGACUACGACAAAAGUGCCUGACAUUCAAGAGCGCCUGGCUAAUCUAAACAUACCAGUCACUCAAUCACAACGUCAGAAUGACUAUCCCAACCGCAAUCAAGACCCCACCACCAAGCACAACACCAAUCCCAACCAUGUUGCCAGUACCAGUGCCAACGCCAAUGUCACCACCAUUAUCGCGCAAAAGGAUGCAGAAAUCCUCCAACACCGCACUGCUCUGCCUAGAAAGACCACAGAGCUCUGGAGUUCUAUCUCCCUUCUCCGUGACCUUCCAAAAAUGACUCUAUCAUCGUCUCCCUCGCCUUCAACACCGACAUCUUGGCAUUCGUUUCAUACGGCGAGGGAGCUGCAGGAUCAGUCGUUAGACCUAGAGCAGAGGAUUGAGGAGUUGUUGGGGGAGAUAGAAAGGGGAGGGGAAGGGUGGAGUAGAAGCGGGAGUAGGAGUCGACAUAGAAGUGGGAGUGAGAUAGAAAGGGGGAGGAAGACGCCAAAGUUAGUGAAUGCGCCGAGCUAUCCCGUUCUUCCAACCGCACCACUAUUCUCUAGUUCGAAAGAGAAGGGGAAACAGAAGGUGGGGGUGAAAGAAGAGCUACUCGAGAGUUCAUCCGCUGCUCCGUUCGAGGAUGUGGCGAAAUAUCCAACUUCGACCUCGCUCGUUCCUCUCUUGACCUCUCGCUCCUCUGUUUCCACCCCAGAAAAUGGUUCUGAACCUCCGACACUCGACGCAGAUCUACAGCCGUCGACCACACCCUUCUCUCUAGCGCCGUCCCUGCCGAGCUUUCAGGAUUCUCCGGUAUACAUUGGUAGUGCUGAGCCGAGAAUCAUCACAAACGUUGGACGCGAUCAAGUUCGUCUAACGAGUAUCCGGCGGCGGGCAGGAAGGGAGCCUCUGAAACCCCAACAGCAAGCCCCAGUGCAAGCAGAAGCAGAAGCAGUUUUAGUAGAAGAGAGAGUGCGUAGAGUUACUAGCGGAAUCCCCACUCCUGCCCCUACGCCUCCGCCAAAUGGAGUAGGUGAGAUAGAGCAAUCUACUACACCUCCGAAGCCAAUCCCAGCUUCGGCUUCAUAUCCAGCGUCAGCAUCAACAUCAAUACGGUCACACAGCCCUCCACUCGACCUCCCCAUUCGCCCCCCCAAACCCGCCCUUCAAUUACGCACAUCCAAAUUUGUCGAGCGCUUCUCACUCGAUGGACCAGCGAUGCUAGCAUCCGGCAGCGGAGCAGAAAUCCCAGAUACAGAAGAAAUUACAACCGUCGAAAGACCUGUUGUCGAGAGUGGGGAGAAUGAAAGAAGGACUAGUGACGACGAUGUGCGGGUGAAAGUCGGGAGCCAGGAAGUUAUGGCGCAUAUGGCUGAGGAGGAGAAUGUGGUAGAGGAGAAGAAAAAGAAAGGGAGGACGGUUUGGAUGGGCUGGUUGACCAAGCAGGUUACCAGCAUAUGGAAGGGUAUUAGGAGGAUGUGGACCCCUGCAGCAAUUUGA